CCUGCUACGUUAGCCGACUUUGGCUGCUUUUUCUGGUUUUUCUGGUUUUUGGUUGUCAGUCGAAAAGUUGCUUACAAACCCUUUUUUUUCUUUCAGCAGGUGCUGUGGAUUCAUCUUACUCUACGGAUUUUUCUUAUGACCUUUUUUCCUGGCUUGUUUUGACCCUAUGACCCUAUGGGAUACCCAAUCGGAAGGCUGCUUGACCCUACUGUGGAUGGUAAGCUGACCUGUCAGGGUCCCAACUGAUCAAGACCACCAGACAACCCGCUGCGGACUGAGGUGUGCGACCAGCGACGUCCUCACCGGGACUUCCCGUUUUGCCGCCAUGACAUGCGUGGAGAAGCGUCCGCUGGGCCACCGCGCCGGAGGGGUCGGCAUGCUGCACCACCGCUUCCCCAACGGCUUCACCGAGGUGUUCAUGGACGAGACGGACCGCGAGGUCAGCAGCCUGACUGACCGCGCCUUCCGCAGCCUCUGCGUCGGAGACGAGGCCGUCUUCAACGAUGACUUCUCCUACGGAUAUUCUCCCUUCAGCUGCCACAAGCCUCUGGUGGAGAUGGCCUCGAAAAAGACUCUGAAAGAGAAGAAACAGCUCCAGCAGCAGCAGCAGCAACUUACCAACGGAGGCAGCAGCCCUCAGAGCGGGAGACGGAAGAAGGAGAUGUCGUCCACGGUGUCUUCGCUCCUCAAGGCCUUCGGCACUGCGGAGGAUGGCGGUGAGGCCUCACUGACUAAGAACGGUUACUCCUGGGAUAAGUCGGCCCUCCUCAGCAUCCAACAGGAGCUGUCAGAGUUUUCCUCGGAUUACCAUAGCAUCCUUUCUGAUGGACAGUUCAACCAUUAUAAGAAUUCCAGGGACGGGACGUCCAAGAAGUCUGGCAAGGACGGUUCCCAAUCCAAGAACAAACAUGGGAAAUCCAGCAACAACAGCAAUCUGAGGAAACUCAACAUCAAAAACUUUUUUCUGCACAGUGAGUUCAGCCCCUUCCAGGCGUGGAGGAACUUACAUAGGUUUCCAUUCAGCCAGGGGGACAUUGUCACCUCCAUUAUCCCCUCGGACAACCUUCCAAAAUGGUAUGACUCGCUUCUUUACAAAGAGCUGACGGAGGCACAUCGGAUAGAGACUCUGCCCACAGAGGAGACAAAAACCUUCCAGGACUCUGCCCCUGUGGAACCCACCCAUCUUCCUGCUCCCCCUGUUCCACCCAAGGUCCUGCCCAAACCCCUCAUCUCCCUGGCUGAGAAGAGGUGCUCCUCCGAAGGAGGAGAGGCUGGCGCCCCCUGGAGGCGAAACCGAGCUAGAGCCAAAAGUGCCGCCCUGGGUAACAAACCUGGUGUGCUCUCCCCUCCCCACGACACCUCCAAGCAGGCGGACGUCAGUCCAUCACCGGGUAAAAAGGAGGUGGAGGUGAAGGCGGUGGAGGAGCCGGGCUCUGUACCCUCGACUCCCUUCAACAUCUCCCAGCUGAUGACUCCGGUCAUCCCGUCCAGACAGUCGACCGAGACCUCGGAGGUCCUGCAGAUGGUGUUCUCGUCCUCAGCCUUGGACUUGCCCCUGAGGCCCGGCUCAGAGGCCAAGGUGACCCCCGAACCACCAGUCAAACGGGAGAGCUACAAGUCCAUUGCCUCGAGUCUGCUCUUCAAUCUGAAGGACAACAGGAAGAGGGUCAAGAGCAGGUACAGUCCGUCCAGGUUCAAAACGUCCGAGCUGACUGACCGCAGUAAUCAGUCUCCGAGGUUGGAUCCGACUCUCUUCAAAUAUUCCUACGCUGGAUCGGACGGCACCGCUUCUGGUUUCAGCACGCCGGCCAUUCUGAAGGAUGGACAACCCAUACGCAGUCCGCUCUUGGAGUCCUCCAACGGCCAGACGGUUUCACUUCGGAAAUACCUUGAACCUGAAAGGCCCAUAUCGGACGAUUACUUGAUAUCAAACCUAUUGCAAACCAGAAGAGAGGCGGCAGGCAGCAGGAGUCUGAGUGACUCACAGGAGAACAAAGGCACGUAUGGGGGUUCCCCCUUCAUAAACUCCAAGACGAACAAGAGUCCACUCGCCAACAAACAGAGCUAUCCCUCCUUGAACCUGUAUAAGAAAGCUAGUCCUGAGACUGAGGUGAAAACACUCAACAGAGACACCCUUUUGGUUCCCAACGACAACCCUGCAUGGGAAAGCACCCAAGGAGCGUCUCCCCUGUCGGACGGCACGGCAAGGCCGACCAGAGACGCCACCGAGAUGAAAGACGCCAAAGAUAAAACUGUGACUACAAUGGACAUUAUCAGAGCUGCCAAGGAGGCCAUAAGCGCCGCGAAAAACAAAGCCCUGUCAUCAACUCCAAAAAGCACCAAGAAACAAGCCAAAGAUGCGAUACAAUCGAGGGAGAAGGAUGUGGGUGAACAGGCGCCGACUACCAAGAAGCUGACCAGGAACACCAGCGUUGUGUGGUCUCCUGAGAAAAACCAAGGUCAGGCCCCUGAUAGGACAGAAUCACAGGACUCCACAGCUGCGUCUAAGAACAGCGAUGCUCGACGAGCGCCCCCUCCAGUACCUCGACGAGCCGCCGCCAGACCACCUGAGAAGCACCAGGCCAGGGACGGACUCACCGACGGGGAAACAGGAAAUGAUGUAUCCGUGCCAAAAGAAACGGCGCCAGUUAGAAAGCAAGGCCGGUUGAAACACAUCUUCUCAGCCAGACAGAACAACUACAUCAAAAGCCAGAGAUCCGCGGUGUCAGACGGCGGCGAGGAAGAAGAAGAGGAGGAGGAGGAGGAGCCCGAGCCUAGAGAGGAGGAUGGAUUGAGCAUGGACUCGGAGAAAGACGAUAGACGUCCAGAGCUGAUAGCGCCUAGAGAGAUUAAAGAUAGUGAACAUAUCAUUAGUGAUUUACAAGCAUUGAAAGAGCUGGAAAGGGCAAGGCUAGGCGAGCGAGAGAACGUGAAGAAUAAGACGUCAGGCCACAUGGAAGAGGAAGCCAAGGUGAAAAACGACCUCAUUUCGAGGGAGCUCAGGAACAUCAAGCGGGGCAUGCUGUCGAUGAGAGGAAACGCCUUCUCCAAAAGGGAGCCGUUUGCCAAGAAAGAGCCGGAGCGGAGCAAGCGCGAGGCGUUCGAAAAGGUUGACAGCAACGUCGUCAUCAACAAGUCGCUGAUCAACGACAACUACGACAAGGCCAAGAUGGCGCUGGAGGAGGUCAUAACGGAGAGGCUGAAGAAUAAAGGCUCGAACAACCAGGAAGAAGACGGGAAGUCGGUGCCUGAGGGGAAGGCGCAAGAGGACAGCUACGUCGCCAGAGUGCACGAUCGCAAACUAGCCAGGCAGGACGCCCAAAGAGCUGCGGACGACAAACAAAAUGGCGCGGAGGCAUCGGUACAGAGAGAGAAGGAAGUGAGAGAGAGGCUGGGAGACCUGAGAGAUCACAACCACAUAAAACAGAUUCUCUCCCAGACGGAGAACAAACAUAGUGACAUUCACAGGGUGGGAGCGAAGGUCAAUGCGCCUGGCAUGGACAGGGUCAGCGCGGAACUCCACAGAAUCAUAAAUUGGUCCAAGGAAGAACAAGACACGCCCCUUGGUGAUAGUAGUGGUGAAAAUGAAGGGAGGCUGAACGAGAAAAAGCAAGUCCACGUGAAUGACGACAGAGACAGCAGUGAGGCGAGCUCUACGAAUGUAUCACGACAGACUUCUGUCGAAACAAAUGAAAGUCAGAUGAGGGAAAGGAGAGACAGCAGGUCCGAAGUGCCACCUGUUCCUCCUCGUGUUAAGAAAGGAUUGAGUAAAAAAGAUGGGAGCAGUGAGAAAGACGCAGAAAGUGUGUGUGAGGACAUCUGGCAGAGCAGCAUGAAGGAUAGCGAAGACUUCCAAGCCGUGAAACAGAGAGGUCAACCCACAGGCCAAGACAGCGAGGCUGCAACCGAGAAAGAAGUCACCCAGAGUCAAAGUUCAGGUCUAGAUAGGAAUACUGAAAAGCUCAAGGUUGCAGCAAACACUGAAACGGAUGCGCUCAGAACAAAGACUGUCAAAGAACAACCCAAGGCCGAACAAAACGACACCAAGCCACCUGAAGAGCCUAAAAUUAAGCGGAAAGCCCCUUUACCACCAGAUGACGAGAGGGACACUAAGGAACACAAAAGCCCAGCACACAAAGAGAGAGACAUGCCAAAUCCAUCAACUGAAAAACCCCAAACACCUAAUACAAUUCACCGGGACAUCUCCUCUGGUGGAGAUGGACUUGUUGAUGAUGUGGAUGUCCAUGGAGAGACGCUUUCCCCAUCCUUCCGGAACGUUCACACGUCCAACCAGAGUCCGCCAGACAGGAGCAGUCAGUCCUCCAAAUCGUCCUACUUCUCCGUAGAGAGCACCCUGCACAGAAACACAGAUACCGACUCCGCCAUCUACCACUCCCUGGACAAUCUGAUUGAUGAGAUGGAUGAGGAGGAGGAGGAGGAGGAGGAGGAGAAUGUCGGAGAGGAUCUGGGGAAGACAGAAGUGAAGUAUUACACUGUUAGUGACCAUGACAGUGAAGCGGAAGUGGAGGACAUGUCAGAGAUGUCUGCUGCUGAGUCAGAAGGGGUGGAAAUACCUCAUCCUGAGGUCAAGAGAAAAAUAUUAUGGUCGCAUGUGGUGAAGAGGAAUGACGAUGAGGACCAAGAACCGACAGUGCAAUCAUCGUCGAGCAGUGAUGUGUGUUCUCCAACCAAUAACCUAUCACCAACCACUCAGUCAUUGCCCAAUAACCAUGUCUGUUCACCAACCAAUAACCUAUCACCAACCACUCAGUCACCCGCCAGCAGCAAUGUCUGUUCACCAACCAAUAACCUAUCACCAACCACUCAGUCAUUGCCCAAUAACCAUGUCUGUUCACCAACCAAUAACCUAUCACCAACCACUCAGUCACCCGUUAGCAGCAAUGUCUGUUCACCAACCAAUAACCUAUCACCAACCACUCAGUCAGCUGCCAGCAGCAGUGUCUGUUCCCCCACCAUUGAGAAACCAGCUUUAUUCAAAGUCAAGGACAACACGUUCAAUCACAAACGGCCCGUGUUGCACCUGCCCAUCCACGACCCCGUCGAUCGACCUCAGCUGCCCAGAGAGAGUCUGAGUGCUUCUGAGAGAGGGGAAGAGGAUCACCAACAUCCCAAAGACAAAGUGGACCCCUAUCAGCCAGGCUAUUCUGCCACCAGAUCAGAUAAACCUACCAUCAAAACGACAGAAACAUCCGAUCACGCCACCCCCUCCUCCUGUUCACCCAUGUCUCCCUCAAACCUGGCGCCCGACAGCUUCAAGGCCAGCCAGUACGGGGCUUUCCUCACAGUGCCCCAGGAGAACGAUAGAGGCUUGGGCUUGAGCCCUUCAUCCGAGGGGAGGGAGAGCCUGGCAGCCAGCACAGCGGACACAGCGGACACAGGGGACACGGACACUCUGUCCAACCCUGCCGUCCUGGACGACGCGGAGGAAGAGGCCUCCAAGGUCCCCAGUGAGAGGUCGGGCUCUGUCUGCAGCGGGAACGACUCCCAAGGCCCCAGCAAGCCCCCCGUGGUCCCACCCAAAUCGGAGAAGGCCCUCCUCCGGGCCAUGAAGCUGACCACCAGGAGGAUCCAGAAGGAGGAGGCCAAGAGUAAGCCAUCCCACAAGAGUCGUGGCAGUAGCAAACACGGAAGCAACAAGCGCAAAGGGGAGAAGUCGGAGCAGAAGAGUAGCAGUGUGGAGGAGAGGCACCCGGGUUCGGAGGAACACCAUGGGGACAGGGCGGAGCAUCCCGGUCACCGGGAUCGCCGCGACAGGACGGAGCGCAGCAGCCACGGCGACGGAAAGCACGGCCGAGAACCGAGGGCGGAACACGGCCGCCGCAACCACGGCGACAGGCACCAUCGUGGAGGGGGCGACCACGGCGGCCACAACCGAGAGACCGGGGAGAAGGUUCACCCGGGUUCCUCGCCCUCACAGCGUCCCGGACACGGUGCCGCCAAACACAGCCACGAAAAGUACCACAGCGCCGACGGGAUCAUCAGCGGCGUCCCGGUAUACAAAGCCCUGCCCGGCGACAGACACCUUGUCCCUGAAAACAACCAACAGCUCCAAAGGUCUCAGAGCAUCGACAGGUACGUCUCUGACAAGGCCGAACACAGGCUCAGGGCAAGUGAGAAGCCGGCGUGCGACAGAGCCGACCCGAGGACUCAGCGAAUCGAGCGCUCCAUCAUGGACGAGCUCCAGCAUAGAGGCAGGGUCAGAGACAAGCCCGCCAGGGACAGGCAGGGCCAGAGGAGCCGCAGCAUCGACACCUACAUCAGCGACACGGCCGACGCUCCGUCCAAUCCCGCCAACUUGUCACGCCAGUCGAGCUACACCGGCCAGCUCUCCCGCCAGUCCAGCAUGGAACACACCAUCGUCACGCAGUCCUUCCCCAUGACUCAGCGCAAGCUCCUCCAGGACCCUGACUCGGGCCAGUACUUUGUUGUGGACAUGCCUGUCCAGGUCAAGACCAAGACUUUCUUCGACCCGGAGACUGGGAAUUAUGUUCAGCUGCCCGUGCAGCCUCCAGAGGGCGCUGUCCCCCAGGCCUCUACCAUGGAGGUCCUGACCACCCCGCUGGUGCUGUACCAUGGCUUUGUCCCGGUGCCGGUGUCGUCCGUGACGGCGCAGCCGUCGGCGGUCCAAGUCUCCCAGCAGGAGCAGGAGUUUGAGCAGCGUCUGGAGAUGGCGAGGCAGAAGCACAACAGGGAGGGACACCCCUACCUAGAGCCGGUGUACCGAUCACAAGACCACAUGCUGGGGGAGUUCCUGGGCACAGAAGAACUGGACUGCAUGAGCUGA